ACAAACAAAGAGUCUGUGAGAGCCAUUCAGAAGAGUAUCUUUACAGUCUGUCUGGAUGCCCCCUUGCCGUGUGCGUCUGAUGACAUGUACCGCACCCGUGCUGGAGUUCAGAUGCUGCAUGGAGGGGGAAGCAGGUGGAACAGCGGAAAUCGCUGGUUUGACAAAACAUUGCAGUUUAUUAUUGGAGAGGACGGGACAUGUGGGCUGAUCUAUGAACACGCCCCCGCUGAGGGCCCUCCCAUCGUGUCACUGAUCGACCAUGUGGUGCAAUACAUGAAGUCGUCAGAGAUGGUCCGUACCCCAAUGGUCCCGCUGCGUAUGCCACAGAAGCUUCGAUUCAACAUCACGCCAGAGAUCAAAAAGGACAUUGAGGAGGCCAAACAAAACAUGAACAUAAUGGUACAUGACUUGGACAUGAAAGUCAGUGUGUUUUCCCAUUUUGGCAAAGAUUUCCCAAAGUCGCAGAAGAUGAGCCCUGAUGCCUUUAUUCAGGUUGCUCUCCAGCUGGCGUACUACAGGUUUUACAAGCGCUGUUGUCCUACCUAUGAGAGCGCUUCCCUCCGCAUGUUCAGACUGGGCCGAACCGACACUAUACGCUCAACAUCCAUUGACUCGGCUAAAUUUGUCAAGGCCAUGGAUGACCCAACCAAACAUAACACAGAGAAAGUGGCUCUGCUAGACAAAGCAGUUAAAGUGCACAGAGCUUACACAGACAUGGUGAGUAAAUGCAUGCUGGUGAUGUUCAGCUGAUCACCUGUAAG